AAGUUUGUUUAUAAAGCACCGAGUGCAGAUUUUUAUUGUUUUGUGAGACCGUUACGUAAAAGUCAAAUCGAUGAAACAUAUUCAACACCAGCUUCUCCAAUUGCAGUUAAAGUAUGCACAGUCGGCACGUUUUUUAAAUUGUUUUAAUUUCAGGGUAUUGUGUAUUCCCACUGCAUGCUCAGAGUUCCUGGGAUAGACUCUGGAUCCAUGGCGACCCUGACCGGGAUAAAGUGCUCGAUGAUGAAGGGGCUUUUGAUCCUCAGUGCCAUGUAGGCAGAAAUAAGAGCACCCACACGCCAUCAUGCAGCUCUGCUUACUGUAUCCUUAAUCCAGCAGCGGGGGAAAAGCCACACCGAGCCCAAACCCGGACACACAGCUCGGCUCACUCACUGCAGGGGCUUGGUAUGCUUUUAAAGUGGUCCAGGGAUGCCCAAGGAGAAAUAUGAGCCGCCAGAUCCCCGGCGGAUGUACACGAUAAUGACCAUCGAAGAGGCAGCAAGUGGGAAAAAAUCUCACUGGGCUGAGCUUGAGAUAAGUGGUAAAGUGCGGAGCUUAAGCACAGCCCUGUGGUCGCUCACUCACCUCACCGCUUUGCACCUCAGUGACAACUCGCUGUCACGUAUCCCCCCCGACAUUGCCAAGCUACACAACCUCGUGUACCUGGACCUGUCGUCCAAUAAGAUCAGGAGCCUGCCAGCUGAGCUCGGCAACAUGGUGUCUCUCAGGGAACUGCUUUUAAAUAACAACCAGUUGCGGGUUCUACCUUUCGAAUUGGGGAAACUGUUUCAGUUACAAACACUGGGGUUAAAAGGAAAUCCACUUGCACAGGACCUCAUGAGCCUCUACCAGGAACCAGAUGGCACCCGCCGACUGCUGAGCUACCUUUUGGACAAUCUUGCUGGUGCUAUUAAACGCAUCCCAACCGAGCAGCCGCCAUCCAGGUCGUGGAUUGUACUGCAGGAGCCGGAGAGAGCCAGGCCUGCAGCCGUGUUCUCAGUAAUGUGUUACAACGUACUGUGUGAUAAGUACGCCACGCGCCAGCUGUACGGCUACUGCCCUCCCUGGGCUCUCAACUGGGAGUACAGGAAGAAGGCCAUCAUGCAGGAAAUCCUCAGCUGUAAUGCUGACAUCAUCAGCCUGCAGGAAGUGGAGACGGAACAGUAUUAUAACUACUUCCUGGUGGAGCUGAAAGCGCAAGGAUACGAUGGAUUCUUCAGUCCGAAGUCCCGAGCCAGGACCAUGUCCGAGUCAGACAGGAAACACGUGGACGGAUGUGCAAUAUUUUACAAGACCGAAAAGUUCAGCGUGGUGCAGAAGCACACAGUGGAGUUUAACCAGCUGGCCAUGGCUAACUCGGAGGGCUCGGAGGCCAUGCUGAAUCGUGUCAUGACCAAGGACAACAUCGGAGUGGCGGUGCUGCUGGAGCUACGCAGGGAAAUGAUGGAGAUGACAUCGGGCAAGUCUCUCCUUGGCCUGGAGAAACAGCUCCUCCUGGUGGCCAACGCCCAUAUGCACUGGGACCCAGAAUACUCCGAUGUGAAACUGGUACAGACCAUGAUGUUCCUGUCCGAGGUGAAGAACAUCGUGGACAAAGCAUCACGCAGCCUAAAGCUCUCGUCCAUAUCUGGAGAAACCAACACCAUCCCUCUGGUGCUGUGUGCUGACCUCAACUCGCUGCCUGACUCUGGUGUGGUGGAAUUCCUGAGCACAGGCGGGGUCGACUGCACACACAAAGACUUUAAAGAGCUGCGCUACAGCGACAGUCUGACCAACUUCAACUGCAACGGCAAGAACAGCUCGUCCAACGGCAGGAUCACGCACGGCUUCAAGCUCAAGAGUGCCUACGAGAACGGGCUCAUGCCUUACACCAACUACACCUUCGACUUCAAGGGUGUGAUUGAUUACAUCUUCUGCUCUGAGCCUCAGCUGAACGUUUUGGGUGUCCUGGGACCUCUGGACCACGACUGGCUCCUGGAGAACAACAUCAGCGGCUGCCCGCACCCCCACAUCCCGUCGGAUCACUUCUCCCUGUUUGCACAGCUGGAGCUGCUCCUGCCCCAGCAUCCCCCCAUCAACGGGGUGCACCUGCCUACACGCAGGUAGUCCAAGCCCACCCGGAGACGCCACCGUGGGAGGGGCCGGCAGCGCUGCAUACUCCCACCUCUGACACGUUCUUCUGGCAACUUACUGAAAACGACCGAACCUCUAAACUACGCCAUUUUCUUUGUCCUUUUUUUUUUUUAAUUACGUGAAUGUCUUUUUUUUUUUUUUUUUUUUUUAUUAUUAUUUUUUCCUUCCUUGUUUACUUGAUGGAGCCAAAUUUGCUUCUAAACGCUAAAAGAGGCUCAGUUUCCUCUUUCUCAGUCUCUUGUUAAGCUUUGUUUUGUAGUUGUUUUCCAGUCGUACGCAUGAUUUUCUGUUCAAUCACUACUUUUUCCACAGUGCUUCGGUAUUGUUCUCAAAAUCAAAACGAAAAAAAAAGGCGUACAUCGUUCGUAGGCAUGUGGUCUUGUAUCAGGAUGCAGUAUCUGUAGUUUAGCUCACACACGUCAGGUUUGUGAUCAUUCAAAGGAAGUCUGGGCUGAAGGAAACGGAGGUCAUAAUGCCAACGGCAGUCAGAUGUUGAAUAAUCUAAAGCCAGCAAUGAUUCCUGAAUCCUCACCCAAGUGCAUUAAACCUCCUCGUUCCUUUCGAAGCCCUGAACGGAUUUAAAAAAAAAAAAAAAAACCACACAAAACUCGAGUAUCUGACAAAGCAAUAGCUCACAUCUGGUUCUGCUUUUUGUAUAUAUACACACACACACGUGCUCAGAUUUUAGCUUUGGUUCUUAUACGUGUCUUUUUAGAGAAGCUUUGGAAAGCGUACGUGUUGCUUAUAUGGGUGCCAGACUUUUUUUAACGUCCCGCGGGACGCCAGGAGAGGCUCGAACGCCCGGGUUCACUCCUAAACGGUGCAAUAUUCUCAACAGCGUAAUCCUUUUAAAGCUAAAGCCGUGGCAAACGUUUUUAUAUAUACGAGCGUAAAUAUGAAAAAUCCUCCAGUGCACUUAUUCCGAAGGGGUUUCUAACAUAGCCAUUGAUUGAUUGGCUUCAUUAAAUUCUGUUUGACACAAACAAUUUGAAUACAUUUGGCUUGAUCACUGGUUGCCCAUUAAGUUAACUUUUUUUAUUUUUAUUUUAUGGGUAUUAUUAUUGUGACUGAGCUAUGCACCUGGAAAUGUUUAGCUUCUAGAAACCAUUGGAUGUGAUGUGAGGUCACUGUGGAUGCUCCCACACGGCAGAGGAGAGAGGCAUGUGGGUGCCGGGAGAAGACUUCAGCGGGUCUGUAUUCAACCAGCAUCCGUUCACUGUGUUUUGUGGAAAAAGUGGAGAACAUUCCGUAUUUUUCCCACAAAUCCCGCUCAUAACUUCUCAAGGUGUGUAGCACUGUCUUUUGCGGCCAGUAGUUUUCCGCCCAGUUGUUAAUCAUCCUCGUGGGCUGGGUUUUUUUUUGUUUGUUUGUUUUUGUUUAUUGGUCUGGAUUUUUUUCCCCUUCUUCCGCAAGAAUUUUACAAAUGUGUAUAUAUAUAUUCUAUCCACAUUCAUUGGAUAUGAGCAAUCGUGAUAUGAGCUCUGAUUGGCUACUCUACUACUAGGCUAUCAGCUCAUAUACCAUGAGUAGAGCAAAACGAAAUGGAGCGUGUUGCUGAACCACCCGAGGAUGAAAUUUAAAAACUCUACUCGAAAAUAAAACGCCCAAAAAAAUACAAAAAGAAAAGCAACAAAAUAUGGAAUAAAAGUAUUUGAUGUUAAGAACGUAUUUUUUAAACCUUUUAUUUUUCAAGAAUUAUUAUUAUUAUAGCAUUUUUCACAAAUUGCUCCUGUCGUUUCGCCGAGCAAAAUUGGAGCAAAACAAAACGGCGGCGCUUGUUGCUGAACCAACCGAGGACGAAAUUAAAAACUACUCGAAUUUAAAACCUCAAAAAUACGAAAAAAUAAUAAGCGCAACAAAAUAUGGAAUAACAGUAUUUCAUGGUAAGAACAUUCCUUACCCCCCUGAAUUAUUAUUAUUAUUAUCACAUUUUUCCCAAAUUGCUCCUGUCAUUUCGCCGGUUUGUUUACAUUCUGGCCUGAAUUAAGUCUUUAUUUGUCGAAUUUGCAAAAAAAAAACCCAAAAACGCUCAGUUUCCCAAAAUCCAGUGAAAUGUGGAUAGAAUAAAACACUUAUUCCACUCAAUCUCGUCGUACAUGGUUUAUAGCCGAUCAGUUCAUGUAUGACUCGAUUUCGUGGAAUAAUUGUUCAAUAAUUUUUAAUCUUGACUUGAUUGUAUAUGAGCCACACACCUUCUUUUUUUUUUUUUUGGUUUUUUUUUUUUACACUAUGGAUAAAUUAUGAUUUGGAUUUUUUUUUUAAAAAAAGAUUGUAUUGUGUAAAAAAUUGUGACUGCAUUUUAAACACAGGAAUCAAAUUUACCAGCUUGUUUAAAAAAAAAAAAGGGAAAAAAAAAAGAAAAAAAAGGUUUAAAGAGGUUGUUCCCAGGUGUCACUGCCACACUCUUGCACUCGGUGACGUUUCUGUUACUUUAUUCGGUUUCUUCUUGUUAAUUUCAACUCGAAUCGUACGUCAGAUCCCGAGUCAUUGCUGCGUCCUGGAGGUCUGCGUCGUGCCUCGGUGUGUCCUUAUCUUGCACUACCAGUGCACACCUAUACAACCUCUGAUCCUUUAAAACACUUUGGACUUUUUUUUUUUUUUUAAAGCUCUCCCUUGUAACUUUUUUUUUUUCCUGAACUACUGUACUACGCAAAGGAAUCAGGUCUGUAAUAUUACGAAAAAAUAAUAUUUUUGUAGCUAAAGCAUCUGUGGUAGGGCUCUGAAUAUCUUUCCUAGUUUUGAAACGCCACUCGUCGGUUUUGUUCCAUGCAUGUUCCGUAGGUCUCUCCUUCUUUUUUCCGUAUAAUCCGAGCUGACUUUAUAAAUAAUCCCUUUUCCGAUUCUGUUGGUGUGUCGCCGUAAUAGCUCUAGUAUGGCCAUACUCUUUUUUUCCUGUGUAGUGCCACGUGGUGCAUUCUUCUUCUAUGAAGCCAUUUAGUUUAGAUUCCCCUCUUUGACUUCCUUUUGUUGAAGUGGACAGGGACAGGGGGCUCGUUCUCGUUUCGUUGUUUUUCAGCAUCUCCAUCGAUACGUUCAAAGCUUUCGGACCAAACUCCAGUCUGUAAAUCUUUCCUGGUUUAUCGGUAUCAUGUCGUCUUACACUUUUUAGAAAGUAGGUGAAUUGCAUCAGCUAGCACUUGAUCUGAGAUGAACUGAUGAAUUCAGUCACCUUUUUUAGCUCUAAUUGGUCUGUUCCCACCAUAAUUUUUAGCAGGAAGGAUAAACCAGGACAUUUAACUUAAAUUCUGAACAACUUUUCUGCACCACAUCGUUUUUAUGUAUUGUAAAGGACACCUUUUUUUUUUUUUUCCCUGUUAAUGACCUUGACUUGCUGAAAGUAUUGUAGAUUUCAGUAGCUUUUUGUAAAGUGUGAAUAAAAUGUGUAUUGCCUAUUUUCUUUCUACAAAA